UGAAAUUGGAGGUGAAUAACAAGAAACACGUUGUCCCGACUUACAACGUCAUCGGGAUGAUCCGAGGGUCCGAGGAGCCCGACCGUUACGUCAUCCUUGGUAACCACAGAGACGCCUGGACCUUCGGCUCUUGCGACCCCUCCUCGGCAACGGCUGUGCAGAUGGAGCUCACUCGAUCUCUCGGCCAACUGGUAAAACAAGGAUGGCGGCCUCGCAGGUCAAUUGUCUUUGGAUCUUGGGGCGCCGGCGAGUACGGAUUCUUCGGCCCUUGGGAGUGGGUCGAAGAGUACCUCAAGGUGUUCCAAAUGCGAGCAGUGGCGCACCUUAACGUCGAUUUAGCCAUUAUAUACACGUACAACAUUCAAAUCUCUGCAACACCGCUACUGCACAAGAUCAUCAAAGAAGCGACAAAAAAGGCUCCUGCUCCCGACAAAUCCCUUGGUUAUGAGACCUUGUGGGAUCACUGGACUUCCCGAUACAGAGCAGCUUCUCCGGAACUUCUAGAUUGGAAACUGGGGUCAAUCAGCGAACACGCGCCUUUUUAUCAGGGCGUUGGUGUCCCGACGUUAUAUAUGGUGUGGGAGAUUAACUUUAACGAAUUUAACUGGUCCGAUUACCCGCUCUACCACACUACGUUCGAAGACUUCGAUGCUAUGAAGAACAUUCUUGAUCCAGAAUUUCGUUAUCAUCUCUCCAUGGGUCAUCUUUGGGGACUGAUUGCCAUCGGUCUUGCUGACGCCAAGAUUCUUCCCAUGGAUCCUGAAGAUGAGACCAAAAUGCUGAGAAAAAUGAUGGCAGAUUUGAAGAGCGAGUUCGGUCAGACUUUGAAGCAGAAGAGCAUCGCUCUCGCUCCCGUCGAGACAACCAUUGAUCACUUCGACGAUGUAGCACGAGAUUUCAACCGUCGCCUUGCCACAUACGCCAAUAUUUCCCCCCUUUUGGCUCGUCAGCUGAACGACCAGCUGUUGAUGCUGGAGAAGUGCUACAUCGACGCUGGAGGAAGUCCUCUCAGACCACACAUGAAGAAUAUGGUCUUAGGCACAAAUAACUUCAACCAGUAUGACGGAUGGACGGCGCCGGGGGUCCGAGACGCUAUCUGGGAAGCCAUCAGCUGUCAAGGAGAAUGCGUUCAGGAAUGGGAGACGGUCAAAAAACAGAUUUCUGUUCUGCAAUAUGUUAUACAUUCUGCUGCUCUUACAAUGAAAGAUUUUCAGUCUUUUUGAAAAA